GACAGAAAAGUAAUUGUGAAAACUAUGAAGACAUAUAUUGAAAAAAUAGCAAUGGGUGAAUUUUCUCAUCUGGUCUUGCUGGCAGCAUUUGAUUGCAUCGAUGACACUAAACUUGUGAAACAGUUAAUUCUAUCAGAAAUAACUGCUGCUUUACCCAAUAUAAUAAACAACAAAUAUGGAAAGAAGGUCUUGUUGUACUUAUUAAGUCCUAGAGACCCUGCACAUUUUGUUCCAGAAAUCAUCACACUUCUGCAACAGGGAGAUGGAAAUGCUUAUAGUAAGAAGAAUACUGAAGUCCGCCGUCGUGAACUCCUGGAAGCCAUUUCCUCACCUUUGCUAGAAUAUUUACAAGAACAUGCCCAAGAAGUAGUCAUAGACAAAGCUACCUUUGUCUUGGUUGCUGACAUCUUAAGAACAUCUGUUGGUGACAUCCAGCCUGCACUAGAUGCAAUUGCUAAUUUAGCAGCAGAAGAGCUGGUUCCAGGUGGCCAUGAUGGGCAGCUUCACAUUGCAGAGCAUCCAGCAGGCCAUCUAGUUUUGAAAUGGUUAAUAGAACAAGAUGAAAAAAUGAGGGAGAGUGGAAAAGAAGUUUGCUUUGGAAGAACAUUGCUGGAACGUGUUGGUAUUGAGAAUAUGAAGACCUGGGCAGAAGUAAAUCGAGGCGCCAUUAUUCUUUGUUGCCUUCUACGGAGCACCGAUCAAAAAGUGGCAAAUGCAGUCAAAAAAGGACUGAAAAAACUUGUCCCAAAGUUGAAGUUAAAUAAAAAUGUAAAAGGAAUAGAAGCAUUACUGGAGAAAUUGACUUCCUAGUGUAAAUGAAGCUAAAAAGACAAUUUACAUCAAUGCAAUCAGCUGAGAGUUGGUAAGAUUUUGCAUCGUGGUUGUUUUAAGACACAGUAUAUGCAUUUGUAAAUUAAAUAAUUUCUAAA